AAAAAGUUGUCAAAUUUUUUUUUUGUCACAUCGUAAUUAGGAAAAAUAAAAGAGAUGUGCUUUAUGACGAUGAUGAUUUGACGAUCUGCUUGAAUUGAACCGAGGCGAAGAGGAGGAACUAGGAAGAAGAGUGUUUUGCCCUUUUUCUAUUGAAUGAGUUGCCGAUCCACGAAUCCGUCUGAAUCAAUACGCGGCGGAAUCCGAAUCUGAUCUCAAUGUCCUUCUCCUUCUUCAAGCCCUCAAGGCCUAAAACGCCUCAAGAGGUCGUUAAGGCCAUCAGAGACAGUCUUAUCGCUCUCGACACCAAGACCGUCGUCGAAGUUAAAUCCCUCGAGAAGGCUCUGGAAGAAGUUGAGAAGAAUUUUUCUUCUCUGAGAGGAAUGCUUUCUGGAGAUGGUGAGGCUGAACCAAAUGCUGCUGAUCAAGCUGUACAGUUAGCAUUAGAGUUUUGCAAAGAAGAUGUUAUCUCUCUUGUUAUUCAUAAGCUACACAUUUUGGGAUGGGAAGCAAGAAAAGAUUUACUGCAUUGCUGGUCUAUCUUGUUGAAGCAAAAAGUCGGCGAGACUUAUUGCUUUGUGCAGUACGUUGAAGAUCAUUUCGAGUUGCUUGACUCUUUGGUUGUAUGCUAUGACAACAAGGAGAUUGCUCUGCAUUGUGGAAGUAUGCUUAGGGAAUGCAUUAAAUUCCCAAGUCUUGCUAAGUAUAUUUUAGAGUCUGCCUGCUUUGAAUUAUUCUUCAAAUUUGUGGAGUUGCCUAACUUUGAUGUUGCUUCUGAUGCAUUUUCAACAUUCAAGGAUCUUCUCACAAAACAUGACUCUGUUGUCUCCGAGUUUCUCACCUCUCAUUACAGUGAGUUCUUUGAUGUUUAUGAAAGACUUUUGACAUCUUCAAAUUAUGUGACGAGAAGGCAAUCACUGAAGCUUCUCUCAGAUUUCCUUUUGGAGACUCCAAAUUCACACAUAAUGAAGAAAUUUAUCUUAGAAGUUCGUUAUCUGAAAGUCAUAAUGACACUUUUGAAGGACUCGAGCAAAAAUAUUCAAAUAUCAGCCUUCCAUAUAUUUAAGAUCUUUGUUGCGAACCCUAAUAAGCCACAAGAAGUGAAGAUCAUUUUGGCAAGAAACCAUGAGAAAUUACUCGAACUUCUUCACAAUUUGUCCCCUGGUAAAGGUUCCGAAGAUGAUCAAUUCGAAGAGGAAAAGGAGCUGAUCAUCGAAGAGAUCCAAAAGAUGUCUAGCCUGCAAAACCUCAAACUUUAAACAUUCUUUUGGCUCAUCACUUCUCUCUGUUCCAUAUGGGGAUUCCGAGUCCUACAAAUGAAUUUUCUAGUUAACUCUGUGUUGUCCAAAUUUCAUUACUGCUUGUCUAAACUUGAACCUGCUGUUUUUUCUAAUGUGUAGACUGUGUAGUAAAGUAACGUUUGAUUCUCUUUAUUAUCGCUGAGUUGUUCAGAAUAAUGAAGAUUGUGCUUUGUUGCCCCAUAUAUAAUUUAUAUAAUAUAAAGAGUUAAAGACCA